AUGUCGGUUUAUGGGCCAUCAAAUAUUUACGAAUCAUGUGGUAAUCCCGGUGGGACAGUGUGCUAUUCGUCCAUCGGUUUCAAUGUAUCACCAUACGAAACUGCCGAACAUCCCAUCGUGGUGGAUAGGCCUGUCAAAGAUCAUUCCGAUCAAGCUAAGAGUAACACUUCCGUGGUAACAAACAAUUUGACUGUGUAUAAGAACCCUUCGGAACAGACAGAAGACGAGAGUGGGGACAAAUUUCGAUCACCCCGAGCACGAUCGGAUAAUUCGACCUCGAACGGUUCCGGUCGUAUGGCAACACAGAUCACAGAGAUGCGCAAGAUCACACCGUCAGCGGAGAUCGGCCCGGAGCCGGAACCAGUCGAUCCGGUAGUCGCUGCAGCCUCAGCUGCUCUGGCCAACUUUCAUCAUCGGGGAUCAUUGCAAUUGUGGCAAUUUCUUGUCGCGUUGCUGGACGACGCGAAGAGUCAGCAUUUGAUUUGUUGGACUGGUCGGACAUUGGAAUUCAAGUUAAACGAACCGGAAGAGGUGGCACGACUUUGGGGAAUCCAGAAAAAUCGACCAGCAAUGAAUUACGACAAACUGAGUCGGUCACUUCGUUAUUAUUAUGAGAAGGGAAUUAUGCAAAAAGUGUCGGGCGAACGAUACGUCUAUCGAUUUGUCUAUGAACCGGAAUUAUUGUUUGCUCUCGCUUUCCCCGGUGAGGAUCAGGGGCAGUUGAAUCGAUCUGAUAGUUCGGCCGGUGCAGACCAAUUCAACGCUUCUUCUCCACCGACGGACAGUUCUGGUUCGAGCAAGGAUUGGUCCGCACAACGUCGAGAGGAUGAGCAACGAAACUGUCCCGCCUCAUCGGAGACGAAAACAGAGGUCGAAACGAGAAUUCCCGUCACCGAAUCUGCCGUGAGCGAGUCGAAAUCACAUGUCUCAUUCGAAACCAACGCGACACGUGGUGUUUUAAACGCAACCAUUCAUUAUUACAAUCCCGUGACACCGUCCUUUUCGUCCUCGAUAUCUGUGGGAUAUGAGCAUGGUGGAGAAGCAAAUGAACUGCAAUCUGAGGCUGAAAUGCACAUUAAUCCGCUGCCACAAAAUGGAGUUGGAAAGAAAGACGACGAUCACACAAAAGUACCGGUCUUGUCUAAACAAAAUCCUCUACCUGUGGAACCGCAGAGCUCAUCCCAUUCUGAGGUACCCAUUUUCCAGAAUAGUAACCAUUGAGAGCCGUUGAUUGGGACCUUUUGUUCCAGUGAUUCAGAAACGCGAUUGUCCCAGUCCAAAGAGCAGUGCAGCUUACGCGUGAAUAGUUUUAGCAAUUCCCUGCAAGCAUUUGUCCAGGAUAAUGUCACGGAUUCGUUUUCUGCCCACUGGUCCCAAGCUCCGACUUUCGACCAAGACUAUGAGGGGCACAUGAGCUGGCAUUUGGACUCCGCCUGUCCGGCAACAAACGGGGUCGGUUCGCAGACACCGAAAUGCUUUUACGGACAAUCUGCUUGUACACUGUUAUACUCGAAGCAAACUUAA